AUGAUAGGAGACGGUGACGACGUUACGCUUCCUAAGGCGACUGUGCAGAAGAUUAUUUCAGAGGUGCUGGACUCAGACCUGAUGUUCAACAGGGAUGCGCGCGAGAUUAUCAUCAAGAGUGGUAUCGAGUUCAUUAUGAUCCUGUCCAGCAUGGCCAGUGAGAUGGCAGAGUCGGACGCUAAAAAGACUAUUGCCCCCGAGCAUGUGAUUAAGGCGCUCAAGGAGCUGGAAUACAAUGAGUUCAUACCCUUGCUGGAACAGAUACUGAUUGAAUUCAAGGGCACACAGAAAAUCAAGGAGAAAAAGAACUCCAAGUUUAAGAAGUCGGGGCUAACAGAAGAAGAACUUUUACAACAGCAAGAAGAACUGUUCAGAAAAUCGAGAUCGAGGUUACACCAAAAUAGUGUGUCAGGCUCAGCUACUGAUUCUACAUGA